AUGCUUGACUGGUCGCAAAAACAGGAGGUAAAGUUAGCUCAACUUUCAAAAGAACAGCGCGAGCGCCGACUAACUCUUGAUGCGCUAAUUAGUUGGCUGAAUACAACAGAAGUUAUUCUCAGGUCGGAACGCAUGUCUUCCCAGCCCACAAUCUCCACCGGACCUGUUUCAAUUGAAGCAACUUCAGAGCUCUCUUCUGGGUCAUCAAGUCGUUUCGAUACCGGAUCGAUUGGCUUUGAGAUUGAUACAACUCAAGUGGAACGACUGUUGACAGAAGUUUCUCAGGUAGAAUCAGAGAUUGAAAAGCGCAAAGGACAAUACGAUGACGUGCUUAAGCAUGCUAGAAAAGCCGAAGUUGUGAAGAAACGGCCAACGACUCUGAAGGGCAAGAUUUCUGGCUCUAGUUCAGCAGAACAAACUUCUGUCUAUUCUAGCAAACGUGUCAACGAGAUGUGUGAGAAAUGGGAUAGAGUGAUAAGAAUAAUCAGGACUCGAAGAGCUGCACUUGAAGACCGGUUGGUUCACUUGGAGGUUGUUGCUAGUAUCGUCGAUGCGAACUGCGACGGAUGGAUUGAUUUGAAGAAGUUCAACACAGCCCUGCGUUCAGCAACAAUUCCCAAACCUCAGCAGCUCGAUCUGUCGAAACUUGAAGGUAGCGCCAUUGAACAUGAAGCCAAGCAUCAGGCUAGUUUAUGCACCUGUCAUAAUACCUACCGUAUCAGUAAAAUCAAUGGAAACAUGUAUAGGUUCGGUGAUUCACAAAAACUCAGGCUGGUUCGAAUUUUAAGAAGCAAUGUUAUGGUUCGUGUUGGAGGUGGAUGGACGCCAUUAACAGAAUUCCUAGUCAAAAAUGACCCCUGUAGAGGUAUGUUUACCGCCAAUUAA